AUGUCCAAUGGCAGCUCCAUCACUGAUUUCCUCCUCCUGGCGUUCGCAGACACGCGGGAGCUGCAGCUCUUGCACUUCUGGCUCUUCCUGGCCAUCUACCUGGCUGCCCUCCUGGGCAACGGCCUCAUCAUCACCACCAUAGCCUGUGACCGCCGUCUCCACACCCCCAUGUACUUCUUCCUCCUCAACCUCUCCCUCAUAGACCUGGGCUCCAUCUCCACCACUCUCCCCAAAGCCAUGGCCAAUUCCCUGUGGGACACCAGGGCCAUCUCCUACCAAGGAUGUGCUGCCCAAGUCUUUGUGUUUGUCUUUUUCAUUUCAGCAGAGUUUUCUCUUCUCACUGUCAUGGCCUAUGACCGCUAUGUUGCCAUCUGCAAACCCCUGCACUACGGGACCCUGCUGGGCAGCAGAGCUUGUGUCCACAUGGCAGCAGCUGCCUGGGCCA